AUGGAGGGUGAUGAGGUUAUUGGUGCACCAAAGCAUCCGGAUUGGCUGCAGAUGGUGCGCAUUAAGGAAGGGGAAGUUCUCCGUGUGAUCGCCUAUGUUUCGACUAGGCUCUCCCGCUAUCAUCCUGCUAUGCGCCGCGACAUCAUCGACCAUUGCGACAUUCUUGUCCUCUCCCUCUUUAGCAGGGGCGAGGUUCUUAAUCUAAUGAACGUCUACUCUGACGAUCAACACAAAGCCAUUGAGCACCUUGCUGCUCAUGUGCAUUCUCUACUGCCUUUCAUUUAUAUGGCUGGUGAUUUUAACCGCGUUUCGACGACUUGGGAUGACUAUGAGCAUGGCGAGUUGUCGACGGCAAUAUCCCUGCAGGACACCGCAUCUCAGAUCGGCCUCGACGGUGCUCAAUGGCUGAUCUACAAACACGUACGCUACGCGGCCUGGGUACUAAGUUAA